GCUGCUUACUCUCAACUACACGUGGUCGUCCCCUCGCAACCAUGAAGCCUCUCUUCUCCAGAGUAAAUACCACAAUAUUCGGACGUCAGCUCUUGAACCUGAAAGAAUUUUGAGAGACACACCUCUUGAAAAUUUCACCAUGUCUGCGAAGUGGCACAAAUCAAAGUUCCAGGUGUCUCAUUUGAGUGAUUUGUUAAGACUGGCCCUGCUGUUCAAGUACGGAGGCAUUUACUCCGACUCCGAUAUUCUGGCGUUCAAGUCGAUAGACUUACAAGCAGACAGCUAUGUUGUCAGACUCAGGGGCGGACAAAUUGGAAAUACUGUGUAUAAAGCCUCGCAGGAUAGGGAGUCGCUAGAACUGCUGAAGGUGGCCAUGGUUUCCGCUGUGACAAACUACAACCCAAGCGGGUAUACGACACUCACGCGGGCCUUAUUCACCACCUUGAUGGAGCAUUGUGCGAAGCUCAAUAAAACAGUCAACCUCAAUGACAAAACCGUUGGAUUGCUAGAAAAAUGCGGAAAAUGGUCAAUUAUUGGACACAAUAGUGGUGCUUUAUGUUACGACCGAGCGCUCAACAAUCGAAACGACACAGAAACGAGUCGACAGUUACAGGAGCUCACUGAACUUGAAAACUGCUCCAUGUUUCACUGGACUCAGACUUAUUUUGGCCGGUCUGGAAUGUUUGUCAGCCAGACUGUUGAUUCAACAACUUUGAUGGCCAAACUGAGAAAAUACUCUUGCCCCUAUAUGACCGAAAUUCAGGAUGUUUUCUGAUUCAGUCAAAUGGUA